GCGGGCUGAGGUUGGGUGGAGGUACCAGCCCCGCUGACACUCUCAGGACGGGUCUUAACUUCUCCUCCUUAACUUCUCCUACCCCGCUUCUCCCUUCCCUGCCCCGGGGCACGCAGCUCUGCCCCUCCGACCCCUUUCUGCCUCCCGGGGCAGCAGGAUGGUUUCCAUCGCUCUCGAGGUGAGCUGCAGCUUUGUUGCUUGGCUGUUUCUGUAUGCCGGCUGCUGCUCCUGGAACAGGGGCCGUUCCUACGAGUGGAGCUGUCGCUUGGUCACCCUGCUGCAUGGGGUGAUUGUCACCUGCCUCUCCGGUUACGCUGUGUUCUUGGAUGGCCCCUGGCCUCUGACCCAUGCAGGUUCACCAAACACAGCUCUUCAGAUCCACGUGCUGUCCCUGACCUUGGGUUACUUUAUCUUUGACCUGGGCUGGUGCCUGUAUUUCCAGACAGAGGGGGACCUCAUGCUGCUCCACCACACGCUGAGCAUCUCCGGCAUGAUCAUUGUGUUGGGGCUUGGGAAGUCUGCUACAGAAGUCAAUGCUGUUGUGUUUGUGAGCGAGAUCACCAACCCUCUGCUCCAGACCCGCUGGUUCCUGCGGGAAAUGGGCUGGUACCACACUCUCCUGGGAGACAUUGUGGAUUUCUUCUUCGUUUCCCUCUUCCUGGUGCUUCGAAUUGGAGGAGGAGCUUUGAUCAUGUAUGCGAUGGUGACAUCCCCUGAUCCCAGCUGGCUCCUCAAGGCUGGAGGCUUGGCCAUGUACGUUGUAUCUUUGGGCUUCAUGGUUGAAAUCUGCCGCUUUGUCAGGAGGAAAAUGAUGAAGAAGAAUAUUUCCUGGGCAAGGCGGAGCAGUUCGAAUGCACCUGUGAAAACUAAUGGGCACUUGACAGCUCAUUAAUGGGUUGUGGAUAAUCCCCUGGGAUAGGGUUCUGGCUUAUCCCUGUGAAAAGAACUCCUAAACCUGACUGGAAUUGAC